UUUUGAGGAGCCAGCUCGCUUGUUUUGGGUUUGUUUCCAUAUAGCUGGUUGCUUGUUUCUCUCGGGAGAUCUGGCAACACUGUUCCGCAGUCGACGACACAGAGGAGGAAGUCAACACAGAAGACAGAGUGUUGUGAUCCCGCCCUGAACAAGCAGAAUGGCGGACGAGGAGGACGAGACCGGCUACGACGAGGAGGUGGACGACGGGUCCACCGGUAUGGACGUCGGCCACGGGAAAAGAAAGAGGCUCUUUUCCAAGGAGCUCCGGUGUAUGAUGUACGGAUUUGGAGAUGAUCAGAAUCCUUACACAGAGUCCGUGGAUAUUCUGGAGGACCUCGUCAUUGAGUUUAUCACCGAGAUGACUCACAAAGCGAUGUCGAUCGGACGCCAGGGUCGCGUCCAGGUGGAGGACAUCGUUUACCUGAUUCGGAAAGACCCCAGGAAGUUCGCCAGAGUCAAAGACCUCCUGACCAUGAACGAGGAGCUGAAGAGAGCCAGGAAAGCUUUCGACGAAGCUAAUUACGGAUCAUAACCUGACUACAGGACAAGACUUCUUAUUUAGCGUUAUAUAUAUAUUAUUAUUUUUUUGGUCUAAUGCACACACGGUCAUUAACCUCAAAUUAAAAUGUGCUCUCAAAACUUUGUGGAGAAGUCAGAUUAACACGUAUACUAUUCAACUUUGACUGAAAUGCUAUGCUGUUGUGUUGGCAUUGCACAUAUAGACCUACACUUGGUUGUACAGUUCUCCUUAAUUUCAGAGAACUUUGUUUAUUGGACUUUUUAGAACUUUGUUUUAAAAUAAAACACUUUAAGUAAAACCACUGUCUUCUGUUUCUUCUUAUUUAAAUGUUGCUGGUUUUGUAACCUGAAGGAAUGAAUACAAUUAUAUGAAUAAAUUGAUUACCCUUUCAAUAGAGAAUAA